UUAACUCAACGUAAUUGAUAAAUCGCAUUGAUAAGUUCAACUAAUUGGCCGAUAUGAUUGAUCAAGUUAAUCCACAAUUAGAUUUAGAUUACGUUGAUGUAGAAACGGGCAUAAUUCAGCUAAAAUGAACAGGCCUAAUGCCCAGUAAUCGAAAACUAAUAUCGAGUAAUUAUCGUCGAAACAUCGACGCAUCGGAAACUUAUCUAUGACAUCAUUCGACGAACGAUUUUCUGGAGACAAUUCAUGCUUUCUAACCGUUUCGAGCCUUGGCUCGUCGCGAAACAAUGCGUCAGCCGUUUGAUGUAUCUAAUUUUUUAAUCGCUUACGUAAAGAAACGUGCGGAAUUACACGAUGCACGUUACGAUUGUUUUUGCGAUACGCACCGGCUAAUGGAAGGUGACGAGAACCGAAGGAGACAUUGUAGCAAUUGCGGAGCGACCUAAUUAAGAGUUUACCGCGAUUGUGGAAAUUUCCGGGGCGAUCGUGAGUAUAUUCUCAGGUUACUUCAUUUAUCAGCUGAAGGAGUAUGCGCCUCUAACGCCUGACAAAGUAUGCGGCCCGUCCAUCACUUUACUGGUGAUGGGAAUCAUCACCUGCGCCCUGGGAUGGUGCGCCUUUCAAUUCUUGAAUUUUUCCAUGAGGAGCCAAGUUGUAACUUUCGCGGUAGCACUGGCGAUCGUUACGUUGACCGAACUCGGCGUCGGGAUUUGGGCUUUGGUACGACACGAGCAAGUAGAUGUCUUGCACCCCGCGCGACUUGAAGAGAGCUUCGCUCUUGCAACCACUGAUCAGAAGUCUACAUGGGACCACAUGCAGUCAAAGCUGCACUGCUGCGGGAUAGACGGACCUGCUGACUACCGUGGCCAGAACUCGAUUCCUUGGUCUUGCUGCAACACAACCAACUCGGAGAACGAUAACAGCACCGAAGGUGCCUGCACUAACAUUUACAAGCGUGGAUGUCAGCACGUAGUGAUAAAUCGAACCAGGUCGAUUCUCCUGCACGUUUUCCUGUUGGCAUUGUGCUCAGUGCUGCUGCAGGUGAGUAACCCCGCCUUCCAGGAGCGGCUCUUCGUUCGUAAAGUGACUAAUCAGCACGCGCGUGCCGGUCGAUCUCAGGUCGCCUUCAUACUGUGCAUAUGCUGCUACGCCAAGAUCUACAAGAAGAAGAUGGAGAAGAGGGUGCAAUCGCAGAUCGACAGGCGCGCGAGCGAGUUAGAUACAAAAGGCAGUCUUCUGGAGAACCGAUCGAAAUAUCCGAACAACGUCGAAAACUCCUAGCCAAUGCCGCGAAGCGUGAACGACGGGAGUGUGUGUCACUUCAGGACGUUGCGCCACUGUGAUAUGCGAAAUACAUUUCGCGUGGUGACAAUAUCGACGGUGUACCGAUACAUGGACGAUGUCGACGUCGCUUCCAUGAUACAGUGCGAUCCGGGCGUGUCGAAAAGUGUCUUAGCGACGGAUUUCUCGGUGAAUUUCGAGCCGAUCUUUCCUCAGGAGCUAAUCCUCAAAAACUCGCGGUAUUAGGCGCGGAGUUUAGUGUUUGACGAACGAAUCUCGAUUGAGAUUUUCGAUAAGAUAAGGUUGAUUCAGAGAACAAUUCUUUUUUUUUUUUUAAGAAGUGCCUUUUAUUUUUCGUUAUGAUUAAAUCUUCCUUCGGCGAAACUAAGCCGCAGACUCGUCGAAGAAUCUGUUCUUAAAGUGCCUUUCGACAGAUACGUCCCGGACACUCCGCACGAAGAUAAGAACGAUAAUAUUCCGAGAAGAGCUGAAAGCGUUCGCAUCUUGUUCGUACUGCCGUAUCGUUAGUACCUCGUAGAAGACAUUCGAGAAUCGAAUGUCGUUGUUGAUCCCUUUAAUACAGUUUUAUAUUUAUUUUUAUAGCAUAAUGCGUAUUAUGAAAAAGUUGCCUUUUUCACUCAGAGGUUGCUUUGCUACUCUGGGCAACAACUUACAAUCGUAACGAAGCUAUUUCUGGAGAUAAAAUCCCCCCCGUUGACAUUCAUGAGACUUCCCGUGAGGGAGCCCGUUUAAAAUGAUUUAAUUCACGACAAAAUUCGAUUUAUAUGAAGAUAAGAUAUUAUAGAGUUCUGUUCUAAAUUCUAUCGCGAAUUAGAUCGUUCAAAGCAGGCUUUAAUUUGUACUUAAGAUUUUCUGCUAGUGCAGUUAACAAAUAAUUAAUAUAUAGGCAAUAAAGUGCACAGUGCAAUGUUUCACAGCAAUGACAUAAAGUAAACUGGCAUAGAGUAUCCAGCAUACAUGCGUCAUUCUCGUAUCUUGCAUUAUCUGAAAACACUUGAACGACUUUAGAUUAGACAAACGCAAUUACAAGGUAUUAAUCUAUUUUUAGUGAAGAAAAUAGCGUAAUUGUUGGUCGCAGCUUUUCUUUUUGUUUUAAUUAAUUUUUUUGCUUACAUUUGUAGACAUUCACCACCGAUUUUCCUCGCUGUACCCAGUAUUAAGUGAAAUGCAAAUCUUUCAUAGUUGUGAAAAAGGAUUAGUGUGAAUCGCGUGCGUAUGAUAUCGAGACUGAAAAAUUAUUUUGUACCUUUUGAAGUACAGAUAUAUGUGUGUUUGACUUCGAUGGACAAUCUUUUUUUUUAUAAAAGUAUAUUGAAAUAAUCUUGGCUUUGUGUGGCAAUAUUGAGUAAUUUUGCGUUAUAUGAUACAUUAUAAGAUGAAAAAAAGUAAACAUUUAGAUAUAGUGGGAAAAAUGUAGCUUUUGCAAAAUACACACCUAUUGUUCGCAGAGGUAAUUUUUUAAAUUUCUAACAAUUGAGAAACAGAUUUCCUCAGGAGCUGUAUUCAAAUAAUUUCUGAUAUAUUUUGUCUAAAAUAUACAUCUUACCAAA